CUGCUACAUAGACUAACAAGAUGGAGAAGUAUGAAAACCUGGGUCUUGUUGGAGAAGGCUCCUAUGGUAUGGUGAUGAAGUGCCGGCACAAGGAAACUGGCAGGAUUGUCGCUAUCAAGAAGUUCCUGGAAAGUGAAGAUGACAAAAUGGUUAAGAAAAUAGCAAUGAGAGAAAUUAAAUUACUAAAGCAAUUGCGCCAUGAAAACCUGGUAAAUUUAUUAGAAGUGUGCAAGAAAAAGAAACGGUGGUAUUUAGUCUUUGAAUUUGUGGAUCGGACAGUGCUUGACGACCUUGAACAGUUUCCCAGUGGAUUGGACUUCAACCGAGUACGAAAGUAUUUGUUUCAGAUUAUCAGAGGAAUUGGAUUUUGCCACAGUCACAAUAUUAUCCAUCGGGACAUAAAGCCAGAAAACAUAUUGGUGUCCCAUUCUGGGGUGGUAAAAUUGUGUGAUUUUGGAUUUGCUCGUACAUUGGCUGCCCCGGGGGAGGUUUACACAGAUUACGUGGCCACACGAUGGUACAGAGCACCAGAGCUUUUGGUUGGGGACAUCAAAUACGGAAAAGCUGUUGAUAUAUGGGCAAUUGGUUGCUUGGUAACAGAAAUGCUGACUGGAGAACCACUUUUUCCUGGAGAUUCGGAUAUUGAUCAAUUAUACCAUAUCAUUAAAUGCCAAGGUAAUCUUACACCACGACUUCAGGAUCUCUUCUAUAGGAAUCCACUAUUUGCUGGAGUGACCUUGCCAGAAAUUAAAGAGGUCGAACCUCUUGAAAGACGAUAUCCUAAGCUUUCUUCUGUCAUAUUAGAUGUAGCCAAGAAUUGCUUACAAAUUGACCCAGACAAGAGGCCACCCUGCGUGACCUUGCUGCAGCACGAUCUGUUUAAGAAAGAUGGCUUCUCUGAAAGGUACUCUCAGGAAAUCAGUGCAAAAGUUCAGAAGCUUUCCAAAGAUAUUCAAUCACAACCUAAGAAACCAAAAAACGUUAAGAAAGAAAAAGAUGAUUACCCAGGUGAAAAGAAAGCCCUGGCACUACAGGAUUUCAAUAUUGAUCACAAAGUGAAGGAGACUAAGCCUUUAAAGGUGAAAAUAAUUAAAAUGGAUUCAGAAAAAGCUGAGAGGACCGAUGGGGCAUCUAAUGCUAGUGGUUUAUUUACUGGAGCCACUAAUCAGGGCAGGAUGGUACCUCACGUCACACUAAAAGAGUCAAGCAACAGCCUAGAUCACCAUAAAAGCCCAGUUGGAAUAAUUCCUCCAAUAAGCUACAACCUCACUGCCAUCUCUCCGUAUUUAUCUUCCAAUGCCACUGCAUCAUCUGGCUCCAGUCAUGUUAGUUUCAGGGGAGAAGAAAAGGGUAAAAUGUUUGUAAGCAGUUUCAAAAUAAAUGGAGGAAGAACUUCACAAGGAAAUCCUUAUAAUCCAAAUCUUUCAAGUCUGGUUGCCAAUGAAAAGAGCCUUCUUCAACUAAACAAGAAAAAAUGGGAGUUUUCACGAGCCGACAUGAGGCUGCCAGAGUUGAGCUAUGGUCAUUUACCAGAACUUAAAGGCACAGAAGGAUGUAACUUCUAUAGUGUUCGCAGUUCAAAGUUGGGAAAGAAAGAGAACAAGACAAUCCCAGACUCCCGCAUCCCUUCUCUUGCUACAGUUGAUACACAUAAUUCAAACACAACCUUACCGCAGUUUUCUGUGAACGUAUUACAGGACACCCUGGAUAUCUCAGAAGCAAAUUUUCCACCUGUAGAACAUUAAAAAACAUUUAAAAUAAGUUCACUUGACUAGAACAGCAUGGAUCCUACCAAUUUACAUCAACUGCUGUAAUGUAAAAUCAAUGUUCCUAAAUUACGAUCAUCACGAAACAUCUGGGACCUUAUUUUGGAUACCAAAUGCUAAUCAAUUCAGCAUAUCAUUAUAGAACUGAUUUUAAAAGACAUUAUUUUACUGAAUGCUGCAUGGGGGAUGACAUUUUGGAUGCCUCUGACUAAUGACAAGUCAACAUUUUUUUUUACUUUUGUAUAUUUAAAUAUGCAUAACGGCAAGAAGCUUGCAGCUAGAAACAAC